GGCAUGGGCCGUGGACGCGGCGGCCCCGCGGCAGGGGCAGCGGGCGGCGGGGGCGGAGGCGGCCGCUAGCGCCCUGCCCGGCGCCGCCUCCUUCGGCGCUCGUCCCACGGACUGGCAGGCGGCGGACCGCGAUCCAGGCUGAAGCUCCGGGCCCAGCCUGCUCUGUGGACACACAGUUUGCGGCAAGACAAGCUCAGAACUGAAGUUGUCACCACAGUUCUGGAGGCUGGGAAGUUCCAGAUCAGAGUGCCACCAGAUUCGGUGUCAGGUGAGGACUUGCUUCCUGGCUCACAGAUAAGAGCUGCAGGCAUGUUUAGGCCCAUCAUGUCUUCCUGGCGGAUGAAUCCCGUUAUCAUUAGGUAGCUUGGAGCUCAGCUGAGCAACCAGCACCAUCUGGUCACGAUGGUGGACACGGAAAGCCCGCUCUGCCCCCUCUCCCCACUCGAGGCUGCCGAUCUAGAGAGCCCAUUAUCUGAAGAAUUCCUGCAAGAAAUGGGAAACAUCCAAGAGAUUUCGCAAUCCAUCGGUGAGGAUAGUUCUGGAAGCUUCAGUUUUACGGAAUACCAGUACUUAGGAAGCGGUCCCGGCUCAGAUGGCUCGGUCAUCACGGACACACUUUCACCAGCUUCAAGCCCCUCCUCGGUGACUUGCCCUGUGGUCCCCGGCAGUGUGGACGAGUCUCCCAGUGGAGCACUGAACAUCGAAUGUAGAAUCUGCGGGGACAAGGCCUCGGGCUACCAUUAUGGAGUCCACGCCUGUGAAGGCUGCAAGGGCUUCUUUCGGCGAACAAUCCGACUCAAGCUGGUGUAUGACAAGUGUGACCGCAGCUGCAAGAUCCAGAAAAAGAAUAGAAACAAGUGCCAGUAUUGUCGCUUUCACAAGUGCCUUUCCGUCGGGAUGUCACACAACGCGAUUCGUUUUGGACGAAUGCCAAGAUCUGAAAAAGCAAAACUGAAAGCAGAAAUUCUUACCUGCGAUCAUGACAUAGAAGAUUCUGAAGCCGCAGAUCUCAAAUAUCUGGCCAAGAGAAUCUACGAGGCCUACUUGAAGAACUUCAACAUGAACAAGGUCAAAGCCCGCCUCAUCCUGGCAGGAAAGGCCAGUAACAACCCACCUUUUGUCAUACAUGAUAUGGAGACGCUGUGUAUGGCUGAGAAGACACUGGUGGCCAAGCUGGUGGCCAACGGCAUCCAGAACAAGGAGGCGGAGGUCCGCAUCUUCCACUGCUGCCAGUGCACGUCGGUGGAGACCGUCACGGAGCUCACGGAAUUCGCCAAGGCCAUCCCUGGCUUCGCAAACUUGGACCUGAAUGAUCAGGUGACGCUGCUAAAAUACGGCGUUUACGAGGCCAUAUUUGCAAUGCUGUCUUCCGUGAUGAACAAAGACGGGAUGCUGGUAGCGUAUGGAAAUGGGUUUAUAACUCGUGAGUUCCUGAAAAGCCUGAGGAAACCGUUCUGCGACAUCAUGGAGCCCAAGUUUGCUUUUGCCAUGAAGUUCAAUGCACUGGAACUGGAUGACAGCGACAUCUCCCUCUUCGUGGCUGCUAUCAUCUGCUGCGGAGAUCGCCCAGGCCUCCUAAACGUAGGACACAUUGAGAAAAUGCAGGAGGGUAUUGUGCACGUGCUCAGACUCCACCUGCAGAGCAACCACCCGGACGACAGCUUUCUCUUCCCAAAACUUCUUCAAAAAAUGGCGGACCUCCGGCAGCUGGUCACGGAGCAUGCACAGCUGGUGCAGAUCAUCAAGAAGACCGAGUCGGACGCCGCGCUGCACCCGCUGCUGCAGGAGAUUUACAGGGACAUGUACUGAGGGCCCCCGGGUCGGCCACACCAUUUCCGGGACUUCUGACGCUGACAGCACUACAGAGGAGAGAGAGGAGCGGCGCGAUUUUGCACAGAGACGCGCCACUUUAACCUUAGAGCGUGGACGGUCUAAGCUGUAGGUAACCGGCAUAUUAUCCCACGUCUUUGUUUUAACCGGUGCUUCUGAGAGUGCAGAACUCAAAUCCUGGUGGGAGGCGGCUGAUCAUCUCAGGACUGGGGAAAUUAAGGAGAAUGAUGCUCAGUGGUCUGAUUUUAACUCGCCCCUUAGAUCACGUUCGUGAUUUACCAUUUAAUUAACCGGUAACCUCAAAAUUCGUGGCCUGGCUUCCCAUUCACCCACCUUUUGACAUAGCGCUCCUUUGUGAUUCUGAAAAUUGAUCCGCACUUUUAACAUUUAUCAGCCUCUAAGUCUAGGUGUAUAUCCAAAGGUGAGGUAUGUGAAAAGCAGCAAAAUAUUUAUUUCAAAGACUUCACUUCUGUUUCCUGACUCUAAAGAAAGGCAACAGGCUGCUUUUCAGUCAUAGGAUGGAGAAUUUUAAAGAACUGUUGGAUAAGCUAUCAAAAUGCAGCUGUUGCUUUGUUUUUGGUUCAGUGUUCGUGGUUGUAACUAAUAUGUGGAAAAGCCCAUUUCCAGGUUUGCGUAGAAGAGCCCAGAAAAUGGAGUCUCAAGACCCCCAUCUGGACUGUCGUAAGCUAGCACCUGUGGUAAGCGGGACAAGACAAGCUCCCGAAGCCCACCCGGUCCACUCAGCUCUGUCCUGUCAACCUGAACCCACCCAGUCCGGCUGUCUGUGGGCAUGGUGGUAUUCUUACGGACAGACUGACGCCUUACUUGUAAAUGUUCCUCCGGGCCCCAUCUGGCAGCUCCCAUGUCUUCUGUUAUGUUGCUUUUAAAGAUAUGAUGCUUUAUUGUGGUAACUCUCGGGAGAGUAGAUGCUCUCUUGAGCGGAGACGAGGCACACAUGACUUCAUAGCUGGGCUGGGUGGGAGCUGGUCACCCUGCGGAUCUAGAGAGGGGGUAGGGUCUUCUUCAAAUGGAAGUUUUUUUUCCAAUGGCAGAUUUCACAAGAGUUGGUUAUUUUUUACAGUGGUUUAGGUUAUUAAGUCUCCUUUGUAUAUAAGCUAGUUUUUUCAACGUCUAAAAUAUUUGUUUUAGCCUUCACAAUCAACUUACCCACCUCAGUCCAGUUGGGAAAGCAGCUUUGAUUAUGGCAGUUUGUCGUGACCUGGAAAUUCUUUCUGACUGUGUCCACCUGGCAGACAAAUCGUCCCACUGAGAAUUUUCAGAUCGGGACUGAGCCUGCCAGGACUGUCGCCUCCAGGGAGUAGCUGGGCACCUGGACGUAUUGUCGAUGCCGCUUCCCCCCUUUAGAAAAUCUGGCUUUUCUGAGGUCAUUGUUAGUUUAAGAAUGGUUGGGAUGAUAAGGGUCCCGUGACCAGCAUUAUGAAAAUGCACGAGCGGGAAGCACACAGUGUGAGAAUUCCAAUGGAAACGAGCGAAAGUUGGGAUUAGGACAUCCAUUUUUUUUAAAAAUCACACAUUUAGUCCUGUUUUGGUUUUUGCAAUCAGGCCAGGCGCAGUGGCUCACACAUAGAAUCCCAGCACUUUGGGAGGCCAAAGCAGGAGGAUCACUUGAGCCCAGGAGUUCGAGACCAGCCUGGGUAACAUAGCAAGACCUCGUCUGUAUGCAAAAUUUAAAAGUUAGCUGACUGUGGUGGCAUACACCUAUAAUCCCAGCUACUCUGCAGGCUGAGGUGGGAGGAUUGCUUGAGCCCAGGAGGUUGAGGCUGCAGUGAGCUGUGAUCUCACCACUGCAUUCCAGCCUGGGUGACAGAGUGAGAUUCCAGCCCUACCCCUGUCAAAAAAAUAAAUAAAUAAAAGAUACAAUCACAGGGCCUGUUGGCCAGCAAUAGCAGCAGCAGCAGGCAGUCUGCCCAAGUGUCUUAGGAAUCAGAAGCAAAUAAGCGCGUUUCCAUAUAGGCCACCCGUUAAGUGGCCAUCCUGAUUCAGAAAGAAGCUAGCCUUUGAGUGGCAUGGUGCAUCCAUUUCAAUAUUCUCUCCUAAAAUGAGAAGCCUCUGUGCUGAUGAGACCCAGGGGCUGGAGCCCCAUGCCAAGCCUGUGCUGUCUCCAACGACCCUGCAACCGCUCGCUCUGAUGUGCCUUGUGCCUCUAAAGGUGAUGUGGCCCAGGAAAGUGAGCCUCGAGGUUUUCAGAUAAAUCAUCGUUCUGCUUAAACGUUCAUAAGACCUGUUUAAAAUACCUCCCUGUCUCAAACUUUCAGCAGUAACGGUAAGCUGACUGCCAGGUUCUACGUGAGCUCCUGGGGCGCUCAGCAGCAAUGGUGAGCGUUUGGUUUUCUUAAGGCCAGCAAGACUACCAGGGACACCUCUGCUGAAGCUGGAACGGAGACCAGUGACCUCAGGCUGAAAGUCACUUGACAUUGGUCUCUUGUGUUGACAGGAAAGCAAAUCACACAUUCCUAUUUCUUUAAACAACAAAACCACUAAUUGCCACUCAAUGCUAGGAUAUUUUGGUUCACCUGAUCAUAGAUUUCCCAGGUCAUUAAUACUCUAAUACAGGCGGAUCACGCCCCAGUUCAAAUGGGAGCUAUUAACGGAGUGCAUUUCUUGCUUGCUGGGUUUCAACAGACAUCAGCCAAAAGUACAAAAGAGAUGUCAGGACAGAUUCCAGGAGUGUCAGAGCGCAUGUGUGGUACCCACUCCCUCUGGCAGCCAAUGCAGGAAGUCGCCAGCUUUACCCACUCUUCAACAAGUCAUUGUUUAAACAUGGUUCUUCAUUUUCUCAACUUUUAAUAGCAAAAACUGCCAGAGUCCUCAGAGACCAGCCAGGCUUGGUCUAUCGUGCUGACCAGAGUGAAGGGACAGCAAGGGGCUCCUCCCAGACGUGCUUCUCGUGUGCCAGCUGGCUGUGGCUCGGGAGCAGACAAAGGCCUCUCCGCUGUCCAAGGGAGACUGGCGGCGCAUCCCUCCCUUCCCACCUCCUGGCACUUCCAGCUGGGUGUCCCACGCAUUGAAUUCUGUCCCCAUCAUACUUCCAGAGGCCGGGGGACUGCGCAGGCCUAAGGCUGUUUGGAUGAAUUGUCAAAACAAGAUGCUUCCAGUUACAGCGGCAGGAGCAGGGCGGGCAGCACAGGCUGGCAGCUGCUGGUGCCUUUCUUCCCACCAUGCUUGCCAGUUUCGCCUUGACCUUUCCUCCAGCUCUGAUGCGAAGAGUAUAAAGCAUCUUCCUAAAGGGUGUGUUUGCUAUAUGAACAUUACCAACAUGAAGUGGGGCAGAAAGAAACCCAGAGCUCGGCAUUCAAGGAUGCCCAGGAGAGCUGUCCCUGUUUUAAAGAGUUGUGUUUUGUUUUGCAUUUUAAGAGCAGAGAAGGUACCUUUCUGCUGCGCUGAUGCAUUUCUUACACUGGGCCAUUUAAGGCCCCAAGGGAAACAACCUGCCUGGAGCAUUCAUUGUCUGGAGGUUCCAGGGUCAGGGUAGCCUCCCAGGGCUGAGCAGGGGCUCAAGGCACAGUGAAAGAUAUGCCAUACCAUGAAAGGUCAACAGCUUUGCAACCACUUUCCCACAAUGGACAAUGUAACAAAUACCUCAGCGGGUCCUUCAAAAGGCCGUGCUAGGCUGAGUCACCCACCGCACUGCGGCCUCUGUAGUUGGGGCAGGUGGGACACAGACUCCUCAGGUGGGCACGCCUGAGCCUGCCGACACACAGAGGAGCCCCAGCUCAUAUGACGUCCAGGAGGAAUUUUGGCUGUUGAAAGAGAGCCUUGAAGAUACUCACCUGCAAAAGGUGCUGCCCCAGUUUGAUGAAACUGACAUUGGGCAUGACCUGGGCUUAGGAGAAGCGGCCGACGGUCCCGGCCUGCAGUGACCACCCCCGCCCCCAGCACACCCUCUCCUAUUCACCUCUUCCUGCUGGCCAUGCAGACACGGCUUCCUCAGAGAGACCCUACCAGACGUGGAUGGAAACAUGCAUCGAAGCCUGGAUGAAACUGUGACUCCCGAAGAUCUGACUCCUCAGAGCCUGCACCUGUGCCUCUCUGCAUUUGAUUCCAAGCACUUCCCCCCUCAAACUCGCAUUUUCAAACCACUGUGACUCCAGGCACAUUUGAUACUUACCAGCCAUAUACAUGACGGAAGGUUUUUUGGUUCUGAUCCAGUGGCCACACCUGUCUUCGGAAUGUGUCAAUGGACUCUAGUUUUAAAAUGGAUUCAUUGUUUCAACCCAGCAAGCCCAGUGCACCCACUAAGUCUGGCUGGACUGCCAGACUGGCCUUCGGUGGGGGGCUUCCCGGGGCCUAGGGAGAGCUGGCCACCUUCACCAGCUGGUACCUCAUCAACAGUGUGACCUUUCAAAAUGCAGAUGCCAACAGAAGAAUGUGCCAGGUGCCCACAGCUCAUCCCCCAUGGAUGCCAUGGCUCUGGGCAUCUUUCAAAGCAGGUUCCUGUAGUCUCCUCUGCUCCUCAGCUGUUUGAAGCUGUAACAGCAAAUCAGCCUCCAGAUGUAGGGCCUGCCCGGCGUUGCUGGCUGCUGGGCCCCGGGCACGGUGCACUUUCUCCACCUCCUGCCACCUCCCGGUUAUUUCCGGAUGCUUACACCUGGUGAGUGCAAGGACAGGUGACCCUGGGGCCUGCAGCCUUGCCCUCAGCUCGAAUCCCAUGGCCAGCCGUGUCCUCUGCAGUUAACAUGGUUGGCCUGAUGCACGGUUCCUAAGGGGUUACUUUCUGGACAUUCUUUCACGUUCAGUCACUGCUGUAGAUUCAGGAGAGGCAAGGAAAUUACGUUGUCCAUAGAAGUCACCCAUGAAGACUGAUGCCACCACCCGAGGGCUCGUGAGCAUUAAAGUGUCCACGGGAACCUCUCGUCCACAGGAAGUCUGUGCCAACACUUCCCAUUUUUACACACUGGCAUUGCCAAGCAUGGGGAAGUAUUUGCUCUUCUCAUGUUAAGAGUGACCCAGCUUCUCUUAACUCGGUCCACGCUGACUUGUUCAGCCACACCGAAAUGUGUUACCCACCACAUCUUUACAUCGAGCAAAGGGGGCUGUGUGCAUCUCCCUGAUGGUAGCGAUGAUGGCAGCUGUCAUUCAAAGCCACCUUCGGACAUCACAGUCUGAAAGUGAAACAUCCAGAUAUCUGCGGCAGGAAGGCAGGAAGGGCCACUCAGCUGCGGCUUUAUAGAUCGAUGAAGACUGUGGCCAACAAAUGCUGAUGAACCUCCCUUGACUGCCGAGGGCAACCCAGGCGCGUCUCACCGAGGGAUUAUUCGAUGCCAUAAAAUCAUCCAGUGGCCUUCCUGCUUCUGAGUCGGUGGCCCUUACCCAGGGCAUGUAUUCCACUGAGAGGCCUUCUGCCUAGAGAGAUCUAAGAUUGGGUGCCCAACGGUUGAGGUCUAGGUUUUUGCUAGGAUUUAUAUAUUUUUAGGUGCCAUUUUGAUAGCAAUCAGGAAAAUGGUCACUGACCCCAUAGACUAGGGUAAGAAUAAAGGCAAUACAGGCCGGGCGCCGUAGCUCACGCCUGUAAUCCCAGCACCUUGGGAGGCUGAGGCGGGUGGAUCGUGAGGUUAGGAAUUCAAGACCAGCCUGACCAAAAUGGUGAAACCUCAUCUCUACUAAAAAUACGAAGAUUACCUGGGCGUGGUGGUGCAUGCCUGUAGUCCCAGCUACUUGGGAGGCCGAGGCGGGAGAAUCGCUUGAACCCAGGAGGCGGAGGUUGCGGCGAGCCAAGAUAGUGCCACUGCCCUCCAGUCUGGGUUACAGAGCAAGACUCCAUCUCAAAAAAAAAAAGAAAGAAUAAAGGCAAUAUAUUUGAUCUGACUCAGAAUAUAGGAGAUCCAUAUAUUUCUCUGGAAACCACAAUACACACUAAAAUGUGAAAUUGGAAGUUUUGUUAAAAAGAAAAACAUGAUGAGCUUCAUGCUUUGUUUAAUUACAUAAUGAUUUCCAUUAUGCUAUUUCUGUGAAAUGCAGCACGUUCUGGAAUGUUAUUUCAGUGGCAUGGGCUGGAAGCUUAUCACAAAAAGCCGUGUGUGUGGGCUUCUUAUGAGAACAGAAAGGGGCUGGUGCCCAGGGCUGCUGCCUGCUCUGCCUUUUGCCAGCUCUGGAUUAUUUGAGGACAUCUCUGCAGAUCUGGAAUGGAGCUGUCAACCGACCAUUUGCUUCUCAAAAUUUCAGUUUCAGACCUGAGAGGUAUGAUCGGUUACUUCUCUCCCCCUGGAGAGCUCCUUUUGUGAGGGAGAGGAGCUACAGCAUGUGGUUCCCCUGAAACACAUAUGACGACAUCCUUCCGGCGUCCUUUGCCAACAAAAACAGACCAGACCGUGUCCACGUUCAAUGUUGCGUCUUCAUAGAAGCAGCUGAUGACCUCAAGUACUUGAGUGGCCUCGUGGCUGUCAGAGGGACUAUUUGCAACAACAACAACAACAAAAAAAAAAACGAAAAGAAAAAAUGAUUUUUACAUCAGAGACAGCAAACUAAGACCUAGGUGGGGGUCAGCUUUUUUUUAAGUUUGCAGUUUGGGUCAAAUGUGAGAAGGAUGUCUACCUGCUGCCUCUUUUCUUGCUGCUCUUCUGCCCACACCUGGCAGCAAAAAUCCAUUCAUUUAAUGAACUGAGAAAGUGCCACACACCCUGGCUCCCAGGAAAAGUGGUGACCCAAGUGUUGGGGGGAUGCUACAGUCCCGGGAGACACGUUCGGGCACCUUCCCCGGACCCCAGGCCUGGGCUCUGCCUCAAGUCAGUGGGGGUCAGCCUUCCGGCCCCGAAGAGGAGGGACUGGCCGAUCAUUUCACAGUAAAAUCACUCACUUUUGGCAACUUCACUUUUUUAAAGGCUCAGUCAGUUCCUUUUUCAUGUACCUCACAAGAGAUGAAUCCCACAUAGUGCUCUUUUCGCUAAUAUUACAGUGUUCAUGUUAAAUAUCACUUUACUUUUUCUACCUUGUGUGGCAAAAAAGAACUGUUAAUAGCUACAUCUUAAAUACUGUGAUGUGAGUUUUUGAAAAGCAUCCUAAUACAAAUAUCUUACUAACUUACAAUCAUUCAUCUAAUAACAAACAUUUGGAUUCUUCUGAAAUCCGUGUUCAUUGACUCAGAUUCUUAAAAAGCCUGGCUCUUGAACCUAUUGGAAACACAAAGGAAACUGAAAUCAGCAACUCAGACACACUGCGCAUGCGUGGGUGCGCACACAGCUUCUCAUUUCACCGGAGCCAUGCAGAAUUUACUUCCAGUGUGGAAAUCUCUUCCCUUUACCAUACUGUGCAUGCACAGAGCACAAGAGAGUCUAUCUCUAGUCACCUUCACCAGCAAGGCCUUAGACUCCAGGUUAGAGGCCACCGAUUUCAUGCAACAGUGUUUGGCUAAAGACCCUUCACUGCUCCUGUUUAGUAAAUAGCUGUCUGCUCUUCAGGGAACCGGUACCUAUGGGUUAUUACCAAAGACCUUCAGCAAUCGGAAAUGUCCUGAUGGAAAUUGUUUGCACGUGCCUGUUCUCUGGCAUCCUCCAGGUGGCCCAACCCAAAGUGAAAAGCAGAAACCACAGACCCUGUGAGUCUCCCCAUACCAUUUCCAGUGACUUGCUGAACUUAUCGGUGCAUAUUGGUAACGUCCUCUGGGACCCAUAAUGUCAUCAUGCCACAACCCUAGGGGAGAGGGUGGACAGACGCAAGAACGGUGCAAAUCCCAGGCAAGGACUGGGCUGUCUGUCCACGUCCCUUACUAUUCAUGAGUGCCUUAUACUCGCAGUAUUUCAGGGCUUACAGCUUCUUAUUUAUGCUGAACAGGUGCAGUUCCAAAGCAGGAACUGUCGCGCGGGCUCCAGCGUCUUCUCUCCAAUGUCAUACCUCUCUCCUGGUGGGGGGACUGGGCAUCCAGGACCUCAGGAAUCAAGGGUGUGCAGAGAAGGGCAGAUGUAAUUUUUCUAGUCACGUGAACUGAUUGGUUCCAGGCAAUUAGAAAAUGGCCAUAAAAUAACCUUAAUUUUAAAAAACUCUUGGGUCUUCAUUACCCUAUUAGGAGGCUGAACUGACCACACGUAUUGAUUUCUAUCCUGACCAUAUGGGAACUUCUGUUCGGGAUGUCCUACUGUAAGACUGAUGAAUGUACACAGUUAAUUUCAGGGUACAGUUUUGCCUUAAUGGUUUUAAAAAAUAAACUAUUUUUUAAAAUGUG